AUGGGUGACUACAGGCGUGCCCCUGGAUCGCUAGCUGCUCUGAGAGAAGAAAGGAGCGAAGAGAGAUACCCCAACUCGACAGCGAUGACUCCAUAUGCCCCUUCUCCAGUGUCAACGUCGCCAUCAGUCGAAGGCUUCUCAACGAUGACUCAUCCGGAUCCAAAUCAGCCUCAGAAGCCACAGUCUCUCCACGAGAACAGCUCGCAUGCCAGUGAGGACGAUUCAGAAGAUGGCUCUUGGCUCUGCCACUGUACUCCCGGUUGCAAGACCGGAGCCGGCCCCAGAAAGGCCAUCUCUCACUUCUUUGGCAGAAACAAAGCCUGCACGUUGCUGAUUCCCAACAAUGUCUGGGUCUUUUUCUGCCGAAAGCACUACCAACGGACCAGAUACCGCAACGGCGGGUUGUAUGCCAAGACUCAGAUCAAACUUGUCCGGGAGCAGGCUACAAGGAUCCAGAAUUGGAGCCAGAAGAACAUCGCCAAGGGGAGACCGACCUAUCUCAAAGACUGGACCUUUGCCCUUCGCAAGAGAGAGCAGGAGCGUGUUGACGAGGCUCUCAUGGCGCAGGGUGCGCCUGGUAAUGGAGCGGAGUUGGAUGACACCGAUACUGUCGCGGAUAUCCCUAGAUGGGUUAUUAACAACUUGGGUGUUGGAAAGACCUCCGACCAAGUCUUUGAAUUGAUCAACCGCUUUCGAGAUGAGCUUGAGGCUGGGAGGAUCGAUGACCUACCUGAGGUCGAGUUCCUCCCCAACAUUGUUGGCGGCAACAGAACCGCCCCGGGUGCUACGGCUCGAGCUCGAAACCAGGCCAAAAGAAAGGCUUCAGAAGCAGGCGAUCUGAGCAUCGGACACAAUGAAGGGAGCACAUCGGCCUACAAGAGGGCCAGAACAUUCUCUGGAGAGCGCGAGGCCGAGCCUCCUAUGAGUCUCCAGACGAAUACCAGCUUUAUCCUUCCAUCGCAGUCCUCCCUCGCCGUCGCAGCCCCCACCCUUCCGAGCCGAGUGGGAGAUCAGUAUCUGAGCAGAGGUCUUCUCUCUAUGGUCAACCUAUGGGGCCGUAUGUUCCAUCCGGGCCCCCCAGACGGGAAUUCGAAUCUCCCAGUCCAUACACCUCUUCAAGUCAGCAAAGCACCAUUGGCCAGCCUGCACGCCCACACAUGGCCUUCAACGAUCACCAGAGGCAUAGCCCAUAUCGUUUUGCAGGCGAAGGAGCCACGCCGACUCAUCUCAACAAUUAUGGAGGUUCAUCUCAACAUUCUCAAAGCGACGGCUAGUGCCCAGAAGCUCCAAGCAUGUUCUUUCGCCAGACCACUGGCGUACCAGGGAGAGAGAACCUUCAUCAUGAACCUGUAA